AUGCGCGUCGAGCUCACCCGCACUUGGCAGCGCAAGCUCAUCCCCUUCUUCUCAUCUUUGUGGCGCACUUCAGCAUGCGUAAGGUACAGUCAACAGGCGUUGGCCCAGCUCUGCUCCCUUGGAGCCAAGGGCACAUCCGAGCCCGCCAUGGCGAAAGCUCUCUUGGCAGAUGCAUCACCCGGGCUUCAGCUGUCCGCUCAGUCGGACCUUCCCGCCAACCUGGAGGCUGACGUCGAGACUGACAACAAUCUGGCCAUCAGCAGCCACCGCCCUCCUCCGUUGGCGCCCUCGUUGGCAACGCCGGAGCCCGCAAAGCGCCGGCCAAGCUGGACUCCCGCACCCUUCUGA